AUGUCUCAGCCCGCGCUCAGCACAAUCCCGCGCUUCCCAGACAGCACCCCGCGACUGGCGAUCGUGACUUUCUCUGACAGGCACGCUCUGGCCAACCUGUCCCGGCCCCUCCUGGAGCAGUUCGUGGAGGCGCAUCCCAACCGCUACGACCUGCUCCUGCACGAGGAGCCUUUGCUGGAUCGCCAGGACUUCCACCCCGCCUGGGAGAAGCUGGCGCACCUGCGCCGCACCCUGGUUGUUGGGCACCCGCUGUUGCAGUACAAGUACGACGCUGUGAUCUGGGUCGACGACGACAUAUUCAUCACUGACCCGUCAAGGGACCCGCUUUAUGAGGCCAUCCAAGGGCAGCUGCUCUGCACUGCGUGUGACGACAAGUUCGCGCUUGCUUCUGAAGACGAGGUCGUGUGGCACCGGGUCCCGCUCAACAGCGGGAUCCUCGCCCUGAAGCGCGGGCGGCACAGCUUGCGCUUCGUCGACGAGGUCUUCCGCAUCGGCCGGCGGCUGCAACUCCUCGGAGGGGUGUGGCGGCUGCCCAGGACCUCCCCGACUUCGGGCUGGUGGGACCAGGAUGCCAUCGCAGUCUACAUCAUUAGGCACGGCAUGGGCGCUUUCGCGGCCUUGCCGCACGGCGUCCUGCAGUCCGCCGUCCGCCCGGGGCGCUCCCGCUGGCGCCCAGGCGACUUUGCGGCCCACCUGACGAACUUGGCGGGGCCCUAA